CAUUACCUGACUUGAGUUCUGCCACGUAUAUGCAUCUAGGCAUACUAGACUUUUCACGGCAUUGCCAACAGUGGAAAUGGAUUCGUUGAGUAAAUGUUUGAAAGAAGAUUUUCUGACGUGUGCAAUAUGCUACGAGCUGUUUAGGGAACCAAAGACUUUGUCUUGUUUACACAAUUUUUGUGAAUCGUGUUUGGAAACCCUUGUUCAGAAAUCUUCGGAAAAAGACCAUUUAAGUUGUCCAAUAUGCCGGGAAUGUACGCCUCUACCAUCGCAAACGGUCUCUAGUUUGAAAACAAACUUUAUUUUUAAGGAAAUGGUUGCUAAGAUACCCCGGUCUAGAGGCCCGACUUCUUCAAGAAAAUGUUCUUUUUGCAUUCUUCAUUCGAAAGAAGUAGAGGCAACUCACAAAUGUGUAACAUGCAUGGAUUUGCUUUGUAGUUUUUGCACAAGACACAGACAUGUAUUUACUAGACAGAACGCAUUUCAUAAGGUAGUCCCCUUGAAAGAUUAUUUGGCGGGAAUGUAUAAAGAAGAAACCAAGUACGAGAUUCCCUGUGAGAAACACCACGAAAGAUUGCGCUUCCUUUGUCGGCGAUGCUCAGUUCCUAUAUGUAGAGAAUGCGCUGUUUUAGAACACAGGUCCCAUGAUUAUGCAUCCUUUGAAGAGGCAAGGGACUUCGUAAAAAGGGAAGUCGAAAAGAACUUGAAGGCUAGUAAAACAAAGAAAGAGAAACUCCAAAUCAUACACUCAUCACUGAUUUCUCAGGCAGAAGAAAUAUCGGCUAAAGAAUCUUCUCUGCUUGAUAUGAUCGAUUUCACUUAUAAAGAAAUUGAAUCUAAGUUGAAGCUUCAUCGACAAAGAAUUGAACAGGAAAUUAGAGGAAAGUCAAACGAAGGAAAGAAAAAUAUUGAUAUUCAUAUUCAAGAGAACUUGAACUCUCAAGACCGAAUAAAGGAAUCAAUCUCAUUUUGCGAAAACAUGUUGUCUAGAGGGAGUGAUUUAGAGGUUGUUUUCUUUUUGGAAGAAAUGAAAUCAUGUUUAUUGAAACAUCCAGAUCCAAAAGAAGUCCAACUGCAAAUUACUUUUCCAACUUUGAAAAUCAACAUGAUGAAAGAAUUCAAUGUUUUUCAAUUAACAGAUGCUGCUUCUGAUAAUGAUUCCUCAGCUAAAGCAAUGGAAGAUACAGAAACGUCAACAAGGAUAAACAACAAAGACCAAGAAUCCAAUGAAGAAUAUUUAGAGAAACCUUCUAACGAUACUGAAUUAAGUCACAAAAAAAGAAACAAAAAAUCAGAAGAAACAAAGAUGGAAACGUCACAGGACACAACGACAAAUGGAGCUUGUUCAAAAAGCGCAAGAAAACCAACUCAGAAAGUUAACAAGGAAUCGAGCAAGAGUCUAGUAAAUACUAAUUCAGAAAAAGCGUGUUCAGUAAAACCAGUUAAGGUUCAGAAGGCGAAGUCGCCAGAUCAAUCGAUGAAAUAUGAAGUUGCUAAGUGUUUGAAAACUUACGAGCAAUUAGACAGACACGGUGAUAAAACUCCAAGUUACACUUGCAUUACAUGGAUUGACAAAGCAACUUUUGCUCUUGUAGACGAGUUCAAUCAGAUAGCUCUCAUUGUUUCAUCCAAAGGGGAAACCGAAUAUAUUCAAAAGCAUUUGAUUAAAGGUAUAAAAGGUAUAACAAAGUUUGGAAAUUUUCUUGCUUGUAAAACUUAUGUUGGUGAAGUAAGAAUUUAUUCCUUUCCGGAACUAAAGUUGGAGAGAGUUUUUAACGGGGCCUUUGCGAUAUCAUCACGCUCUGCUGAGUUGGUGUGGGUCACAAAAGCAAAGAUUGUUGCAUUCAAAAACUCAGCCCUUGAGGAGAUGUAUUUUAAAGACGAAAACGGGAGACAACUCAAAUUACAAAUGCCUCUAUAUGUGUGCUGUUCUUCCAAUAAAUCAUUUACUAUCUCAGAUAAUGAGGCUAACUGUCUGUAUUUUUUCGACAAAAAGGCUCACAAACAACAUGUUAUUUCUGGAAGAUUCGGUGCCCUUUCGUGCGAUAAAGAAAAUCGUGUUUACAUGACCAAUUAUGACACUGACUGCAUCUUCAUCUUCGAUUCAAAUGGAGAGUGGUUGAAGACGAUUUCUUUAAACUGCAUUAUGAGAAAACCCAGGAGUAUAUCUGUGCUUGGAGAGGAAAAAAUUCUGGUUUCCAAUAGGGAGAAUGUAGCUCUUAUUUCGCUUAAAGGAUGAGUUUACAAAUAAUGAUAAUUGCUUCAAUCUAGAAUGGGAGGUCAAUUUGGUAUCCAGUGAAUCGGUUACUCGGUCGAAACUAUGUUUUUCGGUUGUAAAUUAACUUUUUAUAAUUAGUCGUUUUAUCGUGGGAAAAAAAUAUAUACAGUAUAAUAUUUGAACCUUGUAUUGACUUUUGCUCAGUACAAGGACAUAGAACUGAAGCUUAUUAAAGUUUUUGUUUAAAUUACAAUUUAUUUAUAAAAU